AUGGCGAUGAUACAAGGUCGAUUGCUUCAUUCGCACGAGCAGUCUUUUUUAGAUAAUGCCGGCACCCUUGGCGCGGGUGUCGGCUUGGCGGGCGCGGCGGCUUAUGCCGCGUCCCGCCGGAAUGCCGCCGGUGCUUUCUCUUCGGAGGACGUUGAACCCAAAGACCGACCGACCGGGUCUGCAUCUAGAGAUGUUGACUAUGUGGAUCCCGAGAUUGUUCACCGGACCAUCAAGCCUGCCAUCGAUCCCCAGUACGGCGAUCUGCUACCUCUGCCGCCGAGCGAGCCCGGCUCGCCCAGGAAGGAUGAGUCAGAUGAGGAGCUCCCUGCGCUGCCAGACAGCCGACCGGAGACGCCUCCCGAGGAGCGCAACAAGUUGCGUCAAAAGCCGUCGCACACCCGCAGGAGAAGCGCCGUGGACACGCCCAGCAAGAGCCCCAGCCGCACCGCCAUUCCUAUUCAGCUGCGACUGGGCCAGCGGUCCAAUCCGUCUUCUCCGGCAUACCACAAGUCAUCGCCCGUGGCCUCUCCUAUUGCGGCGCCCGUGCCUGAGCCUACUACACCCAGGAGGCCGACUUCGUGGGACAACAGCCGUGAGAUUAAGCCUCUCUAUCUUCUUGAGCAUGCGCGCCAGGGCCAGAUGGACCCGGAGAUUGACCUACCCGAGCUGCCGCCCAGCGAGGCAUCGUCGCGCGAAUCACCCUCGCCGUUCGCUCAAACCGAUGACGAUCUCGCCGCAUGGGACGUGUUGUAUCCCGAGGAGCAUGGCCUGCGACUUGACACUGAUAUCCCUGAAGCUUUGCCCAAGGACCGCGCAGGAUCCCAGGAAUCAACCCCCAAAGCUACAAGGCGCGAGCUCGAUGCCGACGCCAUCUAUCCUCUGGCCCUCGAUGACGCGCCCCUCCCUUCUUCGCAAGCAAAAUCUCUUGACUCGAUGGUCUCUCAGGAUGAUCUCAUCGACCUCCCUCCUCUACCCAGCAACCCUAGUGGUCCAGAUUCUGAACAGGAACCCGGCCCUGUCGAGCCAAUGUCGAAAGACCGGAGCUCGUAUCUCCUUCACUCGACGCCCCCGUCUCUCCGCGACAUUGCUGAGCGGGACUGGUCGAGGACAUCUCCUGACCAGUCACCGAGCCGAGAUGCCGCGGUGGACGUUCAGGACGGCGAGAAGAAGAGGAGUUCUGGUCUCUGGAGCGCGGCUGCUGGCGUUGCCGCCGGCGGACUUGCCGCGCUGGGGCUCUUCGGUUCUUCUGACAAGAAGGGCGAAACCCCUGCGACAGAGGACGACAGGAAGGACGAGACGGCCGAAGGCCAGGACGAGUGGGCCUCGACUCCGUCAAAGAAGAAGAAGGGCAAGAAGGGCAAGAAAGCAAAGGAGGAGGUCGCUGAAGAUGUGUUCACGCCUGUGCCUGAGGACCUUCCCACUCCAGUCCCGGAGGUCCUUUCUGCUCCUGUUCCUGAGCCGGACAUCGUCCCCGCGCAAUCUGCCGAUGACGUCGGUGAGACUAAAGCCUCGAAGAAAUCGAAGAAGAAGGGCAAGAAGAAUGCAUCCGCGGAACCCGAACCCGAAAGCGCGGCUCCUUUGGAGACCGUAGAGGAGACCCCCCGUGCUGUUCCGGAAGAGCUGCCCAAUUCUGAACCUCCUGUGGAAGACGUGGUUGCGAUCGACGUGUCGGACGCAAUUGCUGAGGCUGCCGCUCCGGCCGCGGAAAAUGUCCUCGACGAGCCCAAAUCUGCCAAGAAGAAGAAGAAGAAGGGCAAGAAGUCGCAAGCGCUGGACUCUGAGCUCCAAGCACCGACAGAAGUCGUGGAUGAGAGCUCGAGAACCAUCUUGGACUUGGACGACGCCCCUGCAGCAGAGAUCCCCGCCGCUGAGACGAUUCCUGCUGAACCUCCUCUUGGAAACGCUGCCGUUGCCGAAGUUGUGCCGGAAGCCGCCAUCACUGAAGCCAAUAUUCCAGUUGGCGAGGAACUUGUCGAAGAGCCAAAAUCUCCAAGAAGAGCAAGAAAAAGUCGAAGAAGGCGCAGACACUAG